AUGGAUCCUGACCCGAUCCGUCUACGAUUGGAGAUGGGUCUUCUCCGCGAGAACGCCGCAUACUGGUGGCGCGCUCCCGCCUCUUCCCUCGCCUGCCCGCUUGCUGCUAUAUCCACGCUGGCCGGCGGCUUCUACGCUGAAUCUGCCUCUCCUUCUCUUCUUCUGGCUUAUCGGAAGAAGAUGGUCUCAACUGGAUCAUGUUAUUCGGUCAAUAAGAUGCCCAAUGACACCAACGAGGGAGCUUUUAGGGACGUCAGACGAUACUAUUGUCAAUAUUGUGGUAUUUGUAGGUCACAGAAAAAUCUUAUUAGGUCGCACAUCGUUGCCAGUCAUAAGUUUGAAUUGGAAGAGACACAAUCUGAUGAAGUUGAAGGCAUAAACAAGGUGGACUGUGUAAUGCAACAUGCAUGCCAGGAGUGUGGUGCAUCCUUCCGCAAACCAGCACAUAUGAAGCAGCAUAUGCUGAGCCACUGCAUUGAGUUUUGGACUCAUUGGAUUUGCUUGGUAUACCUUGCUGGUCAAUUGAAAAUGUAUAAGAGUUGGGCUACUGAAACAUGUUUGAUUUUGCGUGAAGCACUGGAUCUCAUGCGACAAACUCCAAAAUGCAAAGAGGCUCCAUAGAAUCUUGAAUGGACUAGUAUCAGGAUGGGGGACCUCCUGUGAAGCUCCAUCAAGAAAGCCUCAAUCAGGCAUUUUAAUGAGAGACCUUUUUCCUGCCCGGUGGAUGAUUGCCAUGCUAGUUAUAGAAGAAAGGACCAAUUGACUCGCCACUCAUUGACGCACCAAGGAGGACUUUUCACUGUCCCUGUUAGCAAUUGCAAUUGCAAAUUUGGAAUAAAGGCUGACAUGAAAAGGCACAUGAGAGAUUCAUGAAGAUGAGUCUUCUCGCGAAGGUCAAAAGCAAUAUGUUUGCCAUGAACCUGGAUGUGGGAAGACAUUCAAGUAUCCCUCAAAGUUGAAGAAGCAUGAAGAUACACAUGGUAAAUCACUUUGCUUUAGGUUCUUGAUCCUUACAGUUUUGUAGGCCUAGAGAAGCAGGCUCCCCGCGACUUGCUCUUUUUCUCUUCGCUCCCUUUUCUCUCUUACAAUGAUAUGUUAUGUACAGUUACGGAUCUCGAUAUUACGACAUUUUCAUGCAAAUUGUACAAAAACAAUCAGCAAGUCUUUUUAUUCACUUCA